AUGCCGUGCACUUCUGCGGCAACAGAGAGAAGCUUUAGCUCCCAGAGCAGCAUUCAUACGAAGAGAAGAAAUCGCCUAACAACUCAAAGGGCAGCAAAUUUAAAUUAUAUACAAUAUAAUUCAAAAUUGCUGAAACGUUCACGACAACAUCACAUACAAAGUCAAUAUCCUAUAGAAGAGACUGUACAGAACAACGUUUCGAUAGAAGGUAGAAACUUACAGAAGGAGAUAGAAGUAAUUGAAAACCAUAUUUCCGAAGAGGAAGAAUUAGACGAGGUAAUUUUAAAUUUAGGCAUUUUUUAGAUAUGUGAUAUGUGCAUGUGAUAUAUGCAGUUUGCUUCUUUUCCGAUUUUCCAAUGCAUUCCACCGUUUUCGAAUAAAAAAUUAUAAAUCUUAUGUUUUCAGACAAUAUCAUCAUGGCAUUCAAAUACAACAGGAAAUGGAAAUUCCGACGAUGAUUUUAAUUUUGCUGACUUUGCAAUGACCGAUGAUGAAAUUGAUCAAAGAAUGGAAACUAGGGAACAGAGACCAGCACGCAUUUUGAGACAAAGCAAAGUGAACAUUUUAGAAAACGUCUUAAUGAAAUCGGGUAAAGGCACAGAACAACCCCAAAAAAAAACGGAAGUCGAGAAGGAUACUUCAGAUGCCGAAAACAAGGAUGCAGUUCUGGAUUUGCCGGAGAUAAAAAAAAUUACACAAGGCUCAUUGGAAGAGCAAACAAUUGAAACUUCGACGUUUUAUAACAAGAAGGUCUCCAGUUGUCUGCGAAAAAGGAAGUUGUGAUUUAUAAAAGCCGCUUAAAACAAAACUAAAGAACCUAUGUUUUCAUUUCUUUAUUAUUUGUAUGUAUUUCUUAUCCACUUUUCUUUAUUUCAUAAGUAUGUAGUUACUUUGUGUUUAUUAUAUUCAAUAUGAAUGCAAACAAUUGAUUUUUUAAUACAAUGAACAUAAAUUACAUAAGUUACAUAAAUUACAUCUGGUUUGUAAUUUUUGGGUAAUUUUACACGUGUAACUUACAAUUUCUGAAAUUACACGUAAUUUCACAUC